AUGUCUCUCAACGUAUCCACCAGGCUCCCACUCAUCGGAGUGCUUGAUUUGAUUCCGAAGCUAGAACUGAAAGGCGGCUUCCUUGAGUGGUCUCGAUGCCUCAAGCAGGCCCUUGACACACAGGACACGAAUUACUGGUCGAUUCUCAUUGAUGGACCGAUAAUCUGCCCAACUGACAAAGAAGCCGCCAGUCACUCCAUUUUGCUUGAUCUUCUUACAAUUAUCCGUCCCAGAAUCGACCUAAAGCUGCACUCACUCCUCGCGUCUGUUGACACCCCUCGGAUUGCCUUCAAAAUUUUGAAGGACUACUUCACCGACACCGAGCUUCAUCGCGAUCAUCCCAGGUACAUUCAGUGGAUUGACUGUGUGUACACACCGCCGAUGCAUCCGUUGUAUCUUAUCAUCGAUUGGUAUUUCGUCUUGAAACAACUGGUCGAGCUUCCUGGAAUCGCCCCAUUCUCAUUCAACAUCGAACUCCACCAGUUCUUUGUUGCUGUCAGUGCUAGUGGCAGCCCGGCAGUGGAAUGGACUAAAAGUUUUGAAAUUGACCCCACUUGGCCGGGGAAUGAGAUGCUUAAAAAGGUUCUCCUUGACUUCCUUCGCUUGGAAAUGAGGCGCUUGCAUACUGCUGUCUAA